AUGACCUGUGGCUUUCGAACUGGAAACUUCAGCUGCGCCUCAGCCUGUGGCCCGCGGCCGGGCCGCUGCUGCAUCUCUGCAGCUCCCUACAGGGGCAUCUCCUGCUACCGCGGACUCUCAGGGGGCUUCGGCAGCCACAGCGUCUGUGGGGCCUUCCGCUCUGGCUCCUGUGGACGCAGCUUCGGGUACCGAUCUGGAGGCGUCUGCGGGCCCAGCCCGCCCUGCAUCACCACAGUUUCUGUCAAUGAGAGCCUGCUCACGCCCCUCAACCUGGAGAUCGACCCCAAUGCUCAGUGUGUGAAGCAUGAGGAGAAGGAGCAGAUCAAGUGCCUCAACAGCAGGUUCGCAGCCUUCAUCGACAAGGUGCGCUUCCUGGAGCAGCAGAACAAGCUGCUGGAGACCAAGUGGCAGUUCUACCAGAACCGCAAGUGCUGUGAGAGCAACAUGGAGCCUCUGUUCGAGGGCUACAUCGAGACCCUGAGGCGGGAGGCUGAGUGUGUGGAGGCCGACAGUGGCAGGCUGGCUGCCGAGCUCAACCAUGCGCAGGAGUCCAUGGAGGGCUACAAGAAGAGGUAUGAAGAAGAAGUUGCACUCCGGGCCACAGCAGAGAAUGAGUUUGUGGCUCUAAAGAAGGAUGUGGACUGUGCCUACCUGCGCAAGUCAGACCUGGAGGCCAACGCAGAGGCGCUGACCCAGGAGAUCGACUUCCUGAGGCGACUGUAUGAGGAGGAGACCCGCAUCCUCCACGCCCACAUCUCAGACACGUCCGUCAUCGUCAAGAUGGACAACAGCCGGGACCUGAACAUGGACUGCGUUGUGGCUGAGAUCAAGGCUCAGUAUGAUGACAUUGCCAGCCGCAGCCGCGCUGAGGCCGAGUCCUGGUACCGCACCAAGAGGCUGACUGCUGAGAACGAGAAUGCCAAGUGCCAGAACACCAAGCUGGAGGCUGCCGUGACUCAGUCUGAGCAGCAGGGAGAGGCUGCCCUCGCUGAUGCCCGCUGCAAGCUGGCUGAGCUGGAGGGUGCCCUGCAGAAGGCCAAGCAGGACAUGGCCUGCCUGCUCAAGGAGUACCAGGAGGUGAUGAACUCCAAGCUGGGGCUGGACGUUGAGAUCAUCACCUACAGGCGCCUGCUGGAGGGCGAGGAGCAGAGGCUAUGUGAAGGCGUGGGAGCUGUGAAUGUCUGUGUCAGCAGCUCCCGUGGUGGAGUUGUGUGCGGGGACCUCUGUGUGUCUGGCUCGAGGCCUGUGACAGGCAGUGUCUGCAGUGCCCCAUGCAGCGGGAAUGUGGCAGUAAGCACUGGCCUGUGUGCGCCCUGUGGAAGUGGCCCUUGUCACCCGGGGAGGUGUUAG